AUUGCAUUCGAGGAUGUAUUAGAAAGCAGAGAGCCCUUUGGCUGUGCGAUGGAGACCAGGGCGUCUGUGAUCUUUAGCAUACACGAAGCUCAGCACCUUUUGGAGGAGACGAAUCCGAGCCCGACCAAUGGGAAUGCAGAGCAGUUGGAAUCAGAUGCAAGCUCAAAUUCGGAGGACCUUGAUUUCAACUGGGACGAAUACUUGGAAGAAUCAGGAGCUACUGCCGCCCCUCACACUUCAUUUAAGCAUGUGGAAACCAGCCUCCAGAGCAGUUUCCAGCCCGGGAUGAAGCUCGAGGUGGCCAACAAGCACGACCCAGAGACUUACUGGGUGGCGACCAUCAUCACCACAUGUGGCCAGCUGUUGCUGCUGCGUUACUGCGGCUACGGGGAGGACCGUCGGGCUGACUUCUGGUGCGACGUGAUGACGGCUGACCUCCAUUCCGUGGGCUGGUGCACCCAGAACGGCAAAGUUCUGAUGCCCCCUAGCGCCAUUAAAGAAAAGUACGCAGACUGGACGGACUUUCUCAUACGUGACUUGACAGGCUCACGAACGGCGCCUGCGAAUUUACUGGAAGGCCCUCUGCGAGGGAAAAAUCCUGUAGACCUCAUUACAGUUGAUUCCUUAAUAGAGCUGCAGGAUUCCCAGAAUCCCUUUCAAUACUGGAUAGUUAGCGUUCUUGAGAAUGUUGGAGGAAGAUUACGUCUUCGCUAUGUGGGAGUGGAGGAGACUGAAUCCUAUGACCAGUGGUUGUUUUACUUGGAUUACAGACUGCGACCCGUUGGUUGGUGUCAAGAGAACGCAUACAGACUGGCUCCCCCUGCAGAAAUCUAUUCUCUGAAGACCGUAUCUCAUUGGAAAUCGGCUCUGGAAAAAUGCCUUAUGGAAGCCGCAAAGUUUCCCCUCCCCAUGGAGGUGUUUAAGGAUCACGCUGACUUGAGGAACCACUCGUUCACCGUGGGGAUGAAAAUGGAGGUGGUGGAUACAAACGAGCCAUGCAAGAUUUGCCCUGCAACAGUAACUAAGGUUUUUAACAGUCAUUUUGUUCAAGUCACCGUCGACGACCUCCACCCCAAAGCCAGCAAAACAUCAAUCGUCUGCCACGCCGAUUCCUUGGGGAUCCUGCCAGUCCAAUGGUGCCUUAAAAAUGGAGUCCAUCUCACACCUCCCAAAGGUUAUCCCAGCCAAGAUUUUGACUGGGCAGAUUACCAGAAGCAGUGCGGAGCGGAAGCGGCACCGGAAUUCUGCUUUAAAAAUGUCUCCUUCAGCCGCGGCUUUACGAAAAACAUGAAGCUGGAGGCUGUGAACCCCAGGAACCCAGCCGAAAUCUGCGUGGCGUCUGUCACGUCAGUGAAGGGGAGAUUGAUAUGGCUCCACUUGGAAGGAUUACAAGGACCUGCCUCAGAAUACAUAGUUGAUGUAGACUCGAUGGACAUAUUCCCAGUUGGCUGGUGUGAGGCGAAUUCUUAUAAUCUGUCGGCACCGCGUAAAGCACUUAUACAAAGGACGAGAAAGAUCGCCGUGGUGCAGCCGGAGAAGCAGCUCCCGUCUGGCGUGCCUGUGGAGAAUAUACUUCACGACCCUUGCCUAAUUCCUCAGCCUGACACAGUGGGUCUCGUCAACGGGCGAUACAGUUGUCCCGCCCUGUUCAUCAAUCAUCGCUGCUUCUCGGGACCCCAUUUGAACAAAGGAAGAUUGUCGGAGCUGCCUCAGUCUGUUGGGCCUGGCAAGUGUGUCCUCGUUCUUAAAGAGGUCCUCAGUAUGGUCAUCAACUCGGCUUACAAACCCGGGAGCGUUUUGCGGGAGCUGCAGCUGGUGGAAGACCCCAGGUGGAACUUCCAGGAGGAGACCCUCAAAGCAAAAUACCGAGGGAAAACCUACAGAGCGACAGUCAAGAUUGUCCGCACGUCAGACCAAGUCCUGGAUUUCUGCAGGAAAGUCUGCACCAAACUUGAAUGUUGCCCAAAUUUAUUCAGCCCCGUGCCAGUGACUGAAGGUUGCCCAGAAAACUGCUCCGUCCAUACAAAAACAAAAUACACUUCUUAUUACGGGAAGAGGAGGAAAGUCGCUAAGCCUCCAUUUGGGGAGACCAAGAGCCGCAGCUUGGAGAGGAAAGACAGCCAGCUGGCAAGGCGCAGGAAGAGGCGGGAACCCAUCAUCCCUCAAAAGAAAAGGCAGCUCUCAGUGACAGAUCGGAACCCAGCCGAAUCUGCGGAGGAGAGCGAUGACGAAGAGCCAGAGGGCCCGGAAGACGAGAUGUGGAGCGAACAGACCAGCCCCGAGCUGCGCGACGAUCAGACGGACCUCUCCUCAGCAGAGGCGCCUCUGGCCAGCCCCCCGAGCCCCAUGAAGUUGCGGAGCAGCGCUGAGUCGGGCCAGGCUGCUCUCACCGAGAGAGGAAGGAGGGCUCAGAAAGCGCUCUCGCUUCUAUGCGCUAAAGAGGCAAAGAGGGAUCAGGCGAAGCAAGCGAUAAAGCAAGACCCUGAAGAGAAACUUGUGCUGGAGAGCAAUCCACUGGAGUGGACAGUGAUGGAUGUCGUGAGGUUCAUCAGGCUGACAGACUGUGCUCCUCUUGCCAAAAUAUUUCAGGAACAGGAUAUCGACGGCCAAGCUCUUCUUCUACUGACGCUUCCGACAGUCCAAGAGUGCAUGGACCUGAAACUCGGCCCGGCCAUCAAACUGUGCCACCAGAUAGAGAGGGUCAAGCUUGCUUUCUACGCCCAGUAUGCCAACUGAGGCCUCGGUUCCGUGUUCUGCCUUCCCUUCCCUUGAACUCUAUGGCGGUGCGAGGGUUGCCAGCC